GCCACAGCCUUGGACACUUCCGGCAAUCAUGACGGGCGUUGUUCUCGUGUGCGGUCCCACCGCGAAGCCCGCCGCGAAGCCGCUAAGAAGAAACGUUGUGGGAACGUUUGAAUGCGCUUCAAGAUUGUCUGAUUGCUUAAGAGCGGGCGACGAUGCUGGUCUUCUCUGCCGAGAGCAAACUGGAGCUUCAAUCUCGUUCAAAGAGCUUCUGCAAGCCACCUGGGAGAGCGUUGUCGAUUCGUCCCAAGUGCCCUGUCUUUAUCAGUCUUGUUCGACCCUGUGACCUCAGACUCAAUCGACCAGAUGGAGACCAACAUGGAGGAGAUCCGAGCGCUCGAGUAUCCUCAACUGCUCGGGAAGACUUAUUUGGACCAUGCGGGUACAACGCCAUGGGCUAAAUCUCUCGUGGAUUCUUUCGCGACGGACAUGAUGACUGAUCUUUAUGGCAAUCCGCAUUCCGAGCAUGCUCCCUCAAAAUUGGCAGACACUCGAGUUGAAGCCACUCGGGAAAAGGCUCUCGGUUUCUUCAAUGCCGAUCCGGCAGAGUGGGACCUCGUGUUUGUCGCGAAUGCAACAGCCGCCAUCAAACUCGUGCAUGAUUGUUUUCGCGACCACGCGAUAGAGAAGCGCCAGAACUGGUGGUACGGUUACCACAAAGACGCUCACACAUCGGUCGUUGGCGUGCGAGAAGGAACCCGAACGCACAGAUGUUUCCGCAACGAUCGAGAGGUUGAGCUUUGGAUUGAGAGCAGAGGGCUCGGCGGAGCGAAUGCGAAUGAUCUCGCUUUGUUCGCAUAUCCUGGACAAUCGAACAUGACUGGCAGACGGCUUCCCUUGGCAUGGCCAGGUCGCAUCCAAGACAGAAUUCGCAGCAAGGUAUACACGCUUCUUGAUGCUGCGGCCCUUGUGUCGACGACACAGCUGGAUCUCUCAAACACCAGUACCGCACCGGAUUUUGUCGCUCUUUCGUUCUACAAGAUCUUUGGCUUCCCCAACCUCGGCGCGCUCCUGGUCAAGAAAUCAUCAUCACAGGUAUUGAUGAACCGCAAGUUCUUCGGCGGCGGCACCGUCGAAAUGGUGAUCUCGGUCAACGACUCAUGGUCAUCGAAGAAGAGCCACAACGUCCACAGCCGCUUGGAAGAUGGCACCUUGCCUUUCACCUCCAUCUUUGCUCUCGAUCUCGCGAUAGACACCCAUCGGAAGAUCUAUGGUCCCUCGCCGAUGAAAACCAUCUCCGCACACACAUCCCGUUUGAUCAAGAAGCUAUACGACGACUUGACAUCUUUGCGGCACUCGAGUGGCAUUCCAGUCAUCGUGGUGUACAAAGAUGCCGCGGCGGUCUACGGCCAAGCCAAGUUGCAGGGUGCGACGAUCGCCUUCAACAUCCAAAGUCCUAAGGGCGACAUCGUCAGCUUCGCCGACGUUGAGAAAGAGGCCGACAAGAACAGCAUAUCCGUGAGGAGUGGGUCGCUCUGCAAUCCAGGUGGAAUUGCGACAUACCUCAAAUGGUCCCCGAAGGAGCUGCGUGCCGCGUACGAUGAAGGUCAUCGCUGUUCAGAGCCACUGGCGCAAGUCUUUGGGAAGCCCAUCGGUGUCGUCCGAGUGAGUCUGGGCGCAAUGAGCAGCGAUGAAGAUGUCCAAAGGUUCGUCACCUUUGUGCGCGAGACGUAUCUCGAUGUUGCUCUUCCUGAAACGCUCAAAGAACCACCUGCACAAAUCGAGCAACCGCGCAAACCGCAGCAGACAGUUGCCGGCUUCAUAGUAGAGGAGAACACUGCUACCUCCAGCACAAGUCUCAAUGGGUCCACCACAAUUCCCGUCCCUGCGUCUACUCCUUCUCUACCUGUUUCUACCCUUCAGACCUCUGUGGCAGAUUUGGGUAAAGAUGUUCUCACGCCUGUGGAAUCUGCCGCUCCAACACCUCAAGCACAAGCAGACACUAAGGCUCCUGCAGUGAGCCUUCCGACCACUCAAUUGAAUGGCUCAAUGCCUGCAGCGCAGAUGAGACUUCCUCACGACAAAGUCGGCCAGCUCGAGGAUCGCAUCAAGGACGAUCCGAAGGGUGACACCGAUGCUUGGCUUUCGCUCAUCAAGCACUACUAUGACAAGACUCAAUAUCAGGGCGCAAGAGAUGUGUACAAGCGUUUCCUCGCUGUCUUUCCAACUGCGGUAAGCACUCAUUCCGCGCUUUUGCUGCGAGACCACCAGGCUGUCCGAGCCUACUCAUCGAAGCUGCAAGCUAAUGAGUAUCCUAGGUCUCCAUGUGGGUAA